GGCAGAGCGACAGGUGCGCGACGACUCAAGCGGACCCUUGUUUUUUUACAUUUCUUUUUUUGUAUAAUUAACACCUUUUGUGAGUUACUUUGCUUCCAAAAACCUAAAGGAUAUAUUCGAAGGGAAAACCAAAGGACAAAACUUUGUCAAAAACAAAACAAGCCUUGUUUAAAGAGGAAAGGGGAACAAAAAACCCUAAAAAAAAAAAAAAAAAAAAAAAAAAAAAGAAGUGAGACAUUCUUGCUUUGAAAGCAGGUGGACGUCGUCUUUUUCUGACUCAGUUCAAAGGACAGAAGUUGAAAUGGCCAACUCGGGUCUACAGAUGCUGGGCUUCUGCCUGUCCCUCCUGGGGAUGAUUGGACUGAUAAUUGGCACCAUUCUGCCGCAGUGGAAGAUGUCUGCGUACGUCGGGGACAACAUCAUCACCGCCAUCGCCAUGUAUGAAGGACUGUGGAUGUCGUGCGCCUUCCAGAGCACCGGCCAGAUCCAGUGCAAGGUGUACGACUCGAUCCUGCAGCUCAACGCUGCCCUGCAAGCAACCCGCGCACUCAUGAUUGUGUCCAUCAUCGUAACGGUGGCCGGUUUGGGUGUCGCCUGCAUGGGAAUGAAGUGCACCAACUGUGGAGGAGAUGACAAGGUUCGCAAGUCCCGCAUCGCUAUGACCGGUGGCAUCAUCAUCCUGAUUGGAGCUUUAUGUUCCGUCGUAGCCUGCUCCUGGUACGCUCACGACAUCAUCCAGGCCUUCUACAACCCCUUCACUCCAGUCAAUACAAAGUAUGAGUUUGGAUCUGCCAUCUUCAUCGGCUGGGCCGGAUCGUUCCUGGCAGUAAUAGGAGGUGCCAUGCUGGCGGCGUCGUGCCCGAGGGGCAAACCUGAACCCAAGUAUCCCAUGUCCAGACCACCCAGCAGCAAAGAAUACGUUUGAGGCCGACAGAACCUCAUUGUAAAUUUUGAAGGAAGGUUUUAGAUAGUUUUUUUUCACAUUAAACUCAGAGAUUGAACGGUGCCUCCAAAGAGCACCGAUUUAAAAUUUCUGCAGGGCUGUCCUGUCAUAUUACUGUAAUAUUUUACCAAAACUCAUUCAAGUUUUUAAGUGACGGCUGUUUACUCGAGCGCGUUGGUCUGGCCUUGUUUGUAACGAUAGUGCUUCCUUUUUUUUUUUAAACUCGUAUGUAUGCUGUGUACUCAGCUGAUAACCGUAAAGCACUACGUUUCUGAAAAUGCAUCCAUCAUCUACAACUUUAUUUUAAAAAGCAGUUUUCACCACAAAGUGCUUUUGAAGUAUUUUGUUAGUUUUCUAACGAUGCUGAGUAACAAUGAUGCUCUAAUAGACAACUGUUGACCAAUGACUGAUCAUAUUUAGUCUUGUGCCUCCAAAGCAGCUUUUCACCCAUAUUCGGAUGUACCUGCUCCUUUGCUGUUGCUCAUCCUUCAGUACCGCUGCGUUUAGGACAGAGGUGGUAGCUGAACAACAAUGACACCUUCUACUCGCGUUGCCAAUGUUUUAAGUUGAGACGGGACAAAUGUGGAGCCAUUUGUCGAACUUGUCUGUAUGCAGUGCGUUUUUGUAAAUGGGCUGUGGUUUGUGCUUGUUUUGUUUUUAAUCUUUGGCUUUUAAAAAUGUAUUUGUUGUACAUAAAAUAAACAUUUGGAAACGUA